CGUAAAAAUGGCGGACACUGAGCUUAAUGAUCCGGACGCAGUUCAGCUCCACCAGGAGGUCGUCGAAAGGGAACAAGCUGAUAGUGAAGGUGUGCCCUCAACUGAUGAAACUCCCGAAAAGGCAGCAAAGGAUGAAUCUGCUGCAGACAGCGAUGCCAAGCCCUCAACCACUACUGACAGACACAUCUCCAUCCAAACUAAACUGGAGGACCUUGAGAUGCUGGUGGACCUCAAUGGUGCAGGGCGCAAGUCUUGUCCUCUGUGUCCUGAGGAGAAGUUCAAAGCAUGCUACAACCACAAGCUGCGCAGACACCUGCAUAACCUCCACUGGAAGGUGUAUGUGGAGUUUGAAGGCCAGAAGAUGUGCAUUUGCCACUUGCCCUGUAGAAAUCCCAAACCAAGUUUGAGUGGAGAUCAGGUGUCGGGGAGACACGUGGCUCACUACCAUUGUGUGGUUUGCUCAGUCACAAUCGCCCGCAAGACUGACAUGGUCAGCCACUUGAAGCGCCACAUCAACAAGGGAGAGACUAAGUCAAGCUACUCGAGCGGCUCAGACGUUCUCUUAGAAGAGCCUGCAUCAUCUGGUCAGGUGUAUGAAAUCAUGAAAGAACUGGACACAAAUGUCCAGCUGCUCCCCAUGUACAACACGCCGCAGAAAAGUGAAACGUACUUCAACCGCAAGAUGAAGAGCAACAGACAGCUGGUCUUCUGCUCGCUGGCUGUUUUGGCUAAAGAGAGGAGCCCUCUGGAGUGUUUGGAUGCUUUUGGAGCCACAGGCAUCACGGGCUUGCAAUGGGCCAAGCAUCUUCACAACGGCGUGAAAGUGACCAUCACGGACAUCAGCGAAACCUGUGUGAAAAUGAUCAAGGAAAACUGUGAACUGAAUCAAAUGCAGGUGGAUCGAGGCUCAGAGGUGGAGGAACCUGCAGGCGAAGUUAAAGACGAGCCCAUCGCCACAGUGGAAGUUGUGAAGAUGGACGCCAACGUCAUGAUGCACUUGCGGCCCUUUGACUACAUUCACUUGGAUCCCUUUGGUACGGCUGUGAAUUACUUGGACGCUGCCUUCAGGAAUGUCCGAAAUAUGGGCAUCGUCUCCGUGACGUCCACAGACACCGGGUCUCUUUUCGCAAAGUCCCCCAACGUGACCCUGCGGCACUAUGGCACUCACAUCGUACGCACAGAGUACUACAAAGAGCUGGCGGCGCGCACGGUCGUCGCCACCGUGGCAAGAGCAGCUGCCCGCUGUAACAAAGGAAUUGAGGUGCUGCUGGCAGUGGCGCUGGAGCAUUUCGUCUUGGUGGUGGUCCAAGUCCUCAGAGGUCCUACGCAAGCCGACGAGUCGGCAAAGAAGCUGAGAAAACUGGUUCACUGUCAGUGGUGUGAGGAAAGAAUCUUCCUCAAGCACGGCAACAUGGUCGAUGGGACGCUGCCCUGCAACUGUCAUGGGAGUCUGCCGGGAAAAACCGCCGUGCAGCUGGGACCAUUAUGGUCUGGCUCUUUGUUUAACACUGGCUUUCUGAGGAAGAUGCUGUUGGCAGCAGUGCAGCACAGUAUGGAGGAUAUCCAGCCACUCGUCAAGACUCUCCUUUGCGAGUCUGAGUGCACCACCUUAAAGCCAGUAAUCCACGGGGCGUCUGCGUUCACCAACCAGGAGUGCGGCGUCAUCAUUAAGACCUUACAGAGUGACGAGGAGUCAUGUCCCGCUGAUUCAUCUGGAAAGAGGAAAACGGGAGAGGAGUCCGGCAACACUGUGAAGAAGCUCAAGUCGGAUGCGUCUCUGGAACAUCCACCGUUCUACUACAGCAUCCACCGCCACAGCAUGCGCGGCAUGAACAUGCCCAAGUUAAAUAAAUUUCUUCAGUACCUGACAGAAGCUGGUUUCCGGGUGAGUCGUACUCACUUUGACCCAACGGGGGUUCGAACAGAUGCCACACUGGAGCAGUUUAAGUCUGUCCUCAGCAAAUACAGCAUUCCCGCAUGUCCCAGCAAGGUUUGUGCCACUCAGCCGAGUGUGAGCCAAGACGCAACAAUGUGAAAGUGAACAGCAGCCGCCACCAUAAACUUGUCUUAGUUUUUUUUGUUGUUGUUGUUGUUUUUGUUGUUUCUGUGACGUCAUCAGUUUCUAGUUGUGUUUUUAAAAUGAAGACUUUUGUAUUUCGUAAUGUCAUAACCUACUUUUUGGUUCUUUUGUCAUUAUAAUAAUAAAAUUGUUG